AAAGGUGUUUGUGAAAUAUCGGAGCGAAUGGUAUAGAAAAUUAGAAUUUUGAAGCAGUAAAAAGUGUUUUCAGAAUGAUGAGACUUAUUCCAAAACUCACCAGAAUACGCCAACCACUAACAGUGGUCAAAUUUAUAGUGUUAGUGGCUAUAUAUAUGCUGCUCAUUUAUUGCAAACGGCUACUGAAAGUGGCUGUACAUGCGCCAGACUUUGCUGAAACGCCGAAUAUGAACGAGGAACUGGGUGAUGAGAACACGGAGUUUCUUGAAACUGACUUUGGGUUACGCCACAGUAAUGCGGUCUUAGAUAACAUGGCGAAUGGAAUAAACACAACUCCACAGGUCCACAAAACGUCGAGUGUUCUGCCUCCGUUCACAAUUGAUAUCAAUGCACCUGGCGAGUUGGGAAAACCGGUUUAUUUGCCCGCAAAUAUGACAGCGGAUAUGAAGAAGGCCGUGAAUGAGGGUUGGCAGAAUAAUAUGUUCAAUCAAUAUGUGUCCGAUAUGAUUUCGGUGCAACGAACGCUGCCUGAUCUGCGGCAUGAUUGGUGCAAACAACCGGAUCGUUAUCUGCGCGAUCUUCCAAAGACCGAUGUAAUAAUAUGUUUCCACAAUGAGGCCUGGUCAACAUUGUUACGAACAGUGCACUCGGUGCUAAACCGAUCUCCAGAAGAGCUGAUUAAAAACAUUAUCUUGGUCGAUGAUUUCUCAGAUAUGGCACAUCUGAAAGAACCACUCGAUAAUUACUUUAAGAGUUACACAAAGAUACGCAUACUACGCGCGCCGAAACGCCAAGGUCUAAUACGAGCACGACUGUUCGGCGCAAGAUAUGCCACGGCGCCGGUUUUGACGUUUCUCGAUUCGCAUUGCGAGUGCGGCGAGGGUUGGCUAGAACCGCUACUGGAUCGCAUAGCGCGCAAUUACAGCACAGUCGUCUAUCCAAAUAUUGCGACUAUCGAUCACGAGACAUUCGAGUACAUAAAUGUAGAUGAUACGCUUAUUGGCGGUUUCGAUUGGGACUUAACAUUCACAUGGAUUCCAACACCCAAGCGUGAGUUCGAGCGUAGAAAUCAUACCAUGGAGCCGGUGUAUUCGCCCACAAUGCCUGGCGGUCUUUUCGCAAUCAAUCGUAUAUUUUUCGAACAGCUCGGCACUUAUGACACCGGCUUGCUCAUUUGGGGUGCUGAGAAUUUGGAAUUAUCUUUUAAGACUUGGAUGUGCGGUGGUAGACUGGAGAUGAUACCCUGCUCUUACGUUGGACACAUUUUUCGACAAACUGCUCCAUACAAAGUGGCAGAUAACAAACACAGGAACUCUGUGCGUUUAGCUGCAGUUUGGAUGGAUAACUACGCCAAAUAUUUUUAUUACAAUGUGAAUUUUGACAAGGGUGAUUACGGGAAUGUAGAUUCGCAAAUCGCACUGAGAAAAAGGCUUAAUUGCGAAAGCUUCAAAUGGUAUGUGCAAAAUAUAUAUCCAGAACUUGAAAUACCCAAAGAUCCGGUUUCCGCUGGAGAGAUAAGAAAUCUAGGCGCUGGCGCUAAUAAAUGCUUAGAUGUGAAUGGCCGAGCAAUAUCAAGACUACCAGUUGGCCUAUGGCCAUGUCAUGGAAAAGAAGGAAAUCAGCAUUGGUUUAUGACUUCUGCUGGUGAGAUACGCCACGGCGAUUAUUGCUUGGAUUAUGACAGCAAUUCUGUGAUAAUAUUUCUCUGUCAUGGCAAGAAAGGAAAUCAGCAUUGGACUUACGACACGGUAAAUCGCUUCCUAAGACAUGUCAUUUCGAACUUAUGCUUGGCUCUAUCAACGAAUGGCGAAGAUUUGCUUGUGAAUAUAUGUGACGCCGAAAAUAUGCAUCAGAAAUGGCUGUUGGAGAAAUUUGAUGAGCCAAUGUAG